AUGAAGCUGAAACUCCACGCCAUCUGCUCCUUUGCCGCCCUGGGCUCGUUCCUCUUCGGCUACGACUCGGGCGUCAUCGCCUCGACCAUCGCCCAGAAAGCCUUUCUCGCCCGCUUCGGCUCGCCGACCCUCUCCGAUGCCGUCGCGGGGGCCAUUGUCUCCUCGUACACCGGGGGCGCCAUCCUGGGUUCCCUGAGUGUCUCGGUGUUGUGCGAUGCGUACGGUCGGCGCGCCGUUAUCUGUCUGGGGGCCUUGCUGGCGACUCUCGGCGCGGCGUUGCAGGCGGGGGCGGCGAGUAUCGCCAUGCUGAUUGUUGGUCGCUUGCUUGCCGGUCUGGCGGUGGGGGGGAUGUCGACCGCUAUUCCUGUCUAUUGUAGUGAAAUCUCUCUUCCUGCAGUUCGAGGCAUGCUUAUCUCUACCCAGCAAUGGAUGAUUGGCGUGGGAAUCAUGGUAGCACAAUGGGUUGGCUACGCCUGCUCCCUACGCACAGGCGACUUCACCUGGCGCUUCCCUCUUGGCCUACAGGUGAUCCCCGCGGUGGUCCUCUGCGUAGGGAUCUGGCAGCUCCCCGAAUCACCACGAUGGUUGAUCGAACACGACGGCAGAGAAGAAGCCGGGCGUGAGAUCCUGGUCCGCCUGCACGGCGCCGAGCUGGCCGAGAAGGAGUUCCAGAGCGCAUCGCAGAAACAACUCUCCUCCCGCUCGACCUUGGGACACUUUGGUUCAAAGGAGUACCGUCGUAUCCUCCUCGCGUGCGGCAUCCAGCUCUUCACGCAAACCUCGGGCACGAACAUGAUCCAGAACUACGGGCCAAGACUCUACACCACUCUCGGCCUGCAGACCUCGACCUCCCUGUUGAUCAUCGGUGUCUGGGGCCUCCUGGCCGUCGUGUGGAACACGCUCUUUAUGCUGUUCAUAGUCGACCGCUUCGGUAGACGCACUUUGCUCAUCCCUUCCCUGCUGGGCAUGGCUUGUACGAUGGCCGUCGAGGCAAGUCUGGCGGGGUACUACCUCGCUUCUUCUGAGCGGGGGAACAAUGCAAACGCCCUCCGAGCAGCGAUUAGUAUGUUCUUCGUCUUCACAAUCUGCUAUACCUCCCUCGGCCUUAUUUCGUGGAUCUAUCCCGCUGAGAUAUUUCCGACGGCCCUCCGCGCACGCGGCGCCGCUCUCGCCACGGCGACCAACUGGUCCUUCAAUCUGCUCUUCACGCAGUGCUCCCCUCUCGCCCUGUCGCAUUUGGGUUACAAAUACCUCUAUUGCUUUGUUGCUUUCAAUUUCCUCGCCGCAGCGCUGGUGUGGUUGUUUUUUCCCGAGACGAGGGGGUUGUCCUUGGAUGUGGAUGACCAUGACCAUGUACAAUAA